AUGAUGUUGGCCGUGUGGAGAUACAUCGCCAUUGCAUACCCAUUGAAAGAACGUGAUUGGUGCAACAUGAAAACGACACGCAAUGUAGUGAUCACUAGUUACAUCGUUAGCGUUGUAAUUAGUGCACCGUGGUAUUUUUCAAAUGGUAUUGUAAUGAUGUACGAUUCUAAUCAAGUACCAUAUUAUUAUCCAUUUGAGAAAAACAAUUCCAUGCUCUUUGGUAUGGCAAUGCUGAUUCGAGCAUUGCUGCAACAAUUACUGCCCUCAGUGGUGCUGUCAAUAUUCAGUAUCAAGCUGAUAGCAGCACUAUUAAAAAAAGGACAAAACAUGCAACAACCGGUUUCAUCUUUGAAUUCUCUAAAUGACACCAGAAAUGUCAGAAUUAAACAACAAACCGAUCGAUCAAUAAUCAUUACGUUGACAGUUGUGGCAUUAUUUCUGAUCGUUAAAAUUCCUAAAGGAAUGAGAAAUUUGAUACAUGCAGUAUACUACAUCUACAAUAAGUCGAAUGAUGAUUUACUCGAAUGCGUGUCGCAUUUUGCAUGGAUACUUGAUACAUUAUUAUUCUUCAAUAUGUCCAUCACAUUUGUAGUGUAUUACACCAUGAGCAGUAAUUUUAGAACCACAUUUAAAUCUCUAUUCAACAGCAAUAAGGUCAUGGUAUCUAUAACAUGUCGCAUCGUUAAUUCCUCGUAUGGACAUGGAAUCUAUUUUGGCUCAUCCUUGAUUAAUCCGGACAUCAAGGAUGAUAACCCUACAAAAGUUUGGUCUAUCGAAACAAUAGCUGCCGAAGCGACUAUUAUUGGAGUCACCAGGGAGAGGCAGCCAAUGUGUUGUGUAUAG